UCUCAAAUUCAUGAAACUUUGAUCGGAUAAUUAGGCUUUUAAUAAUCUUAAAAGCCCAUAUAAUUGCAAAAUAGAAAAGGGUAGUGAGUGGAAUCACGAUGAACGAACGAAUCAACUGCCUUCGCUGCUUCUCCAAGUUAGAAAAAAGAAAAACAAAACAUAAAACCCUCUUUAAAUCCCAAGCGUCCCAACCCAAUCUUCGAAUCGGAUCCUUAAAUCGAAAGAAUGGGUUUAACGAAUUUCAUACUGACGGUGGCUGGAGUAGGCGCCGUGGUGAUGCUAUUGAAGAGCGACGUCAAGCAAUCUGUCACCGUCUUGAGGCGCAACGUCAAACACAUUCGCCACUGGCUCGAAGAAGAAACCUCCGCCGCCUCCAAGGCAGCACAGUCGAUAAAACCAAAGGUAAUUGAAACCAAGGUUCCGGACAUCCCCAAAGAGAAGAAUUAGUUUAACAGUUUUUAUUUAUGACUUUUGUAUCAACACCAUUGUCUGCCUAGACUAAUUUUAGUCUGUGGAUUUUAGUUUUCUGUCUCAAUCUCACCUCUUAUCGUUUGAUCACUCUUGGAAAUGAAACACAAUAAUAUAUUCAUGUAUUUUUUUAAUCUUGUUUUACAAUGACAUUGUUUUCCCAAGGGAUUGUUCUUUUA